CAUUGCUAUUAAUGUUCAAAACUUUUGUGGUAAUUUUUAGCAAUCUAAAAAACGGUCACUUCUAUUCAGCCGGCGUUUAACAACAAAAAAAUAUAAUGGCAGAUAAAAAGAUGGGCGGUAACAAUGACGGCAAGGAGAAGCGCCGCAAGGAGUCGAUCCUGGACCUGUCCAAGUAUCUUGAAAAACAGAUCCGCGUGAAGUUUGCGGGCGGCCGCGAGGCAUCCGGAAUUCUCAAAGGCUACGAUGCGCUUCUUAAUCUGGUGCUGGACAACACUGUGGAGUAUCUAAGGGACUCCGAUGAGCCCUACAAACUAACCGAAGACUCCACGCGCAGUCUGGGAUUGGUCGUGUGUCGAGGCACAGCUUUGGUCCUCAUAUGUCCACAGGACGGAGUCGAGAGCAUCGCCAAUCCUUUUAUAACGCAAUAAUUGGAGGUUCCAGGUCUAGACUAAGUACAAAGCGUUUGUGGAAAUCAUUUAAAUAUAUUUAGCGGAGACAUA